AUUGAAAAGCGAUGAGGGAUAAGUUGAACCUCGGUUAAAAGUUAAUCAUGAGUUGUGGAACAGGGCCUAAAAAUUUUUAUUUGUUAAUUUUUAUUAAUAAGAAAUUCUUUUCAGUAUGAGGAGAUGAAGCACGUGCAGAAUAUGAACUUAACGAGUCAGAUGCAAGUACCACCACCGCCUCUUCCCAAAGAGGAUACCCGACCUCCUUUGCCUCCCACAAAUACAUAUCAAUUUACGAACAUGCCACCUCCACACCAAAACAAUCUUCCAUUAUUUCCUGCAAAAGAAUCUCCCAAUAAGAUGAUGUCACAAGCAAAUGUAACAAGUUAUCCUUCAAAUCCACCGUUACCUACAACAAGCCAACCACCCUUACCACCUGAAAUCGAGAAUAGCGAAAAUAUCACAGCUGAAAAAUCUAAUAGUAAUAUAAUUAGUGAUUCCAAAAGUGCUAAAAAAUUGAUCUCUGAAGAGGAAUUGACCGAAGCUGAAAGAACAUUUGAUGCACAGUUCAAACAGUGGGAAGAACAAUUUAAUACUUGGAAGCAGCAAAAUGCCAAUCAUCCAGACAAGACUCAGUAUAAACAAUACGAAGCGAAAUGGACAUCAUGGCGUGAGAAGUUGCUCGAACGACGCGAACAGAUGCGUAAAAAACGCGAACAACAAAAACAAGCUGCUGCGAAAGCAGAAGCCGAAAAGAACAAAAACAUACCUGGGGACGAUAAAAUACUAAACAUCUUAUCGAACACUGAAAAUCAAGGAUUGAUCAACAAUUUAUUGGGCAUUGGGAAAACUUUGGGUCUUACAGGGAAGCAAAAUAUUUCUGCAUCUUUAGUGCCUCCGCCACCACCGCCACCAAUGCCGGAGACCACAAAUAAUUCUAGUAAUCAACCUGUUGCACAAGGAAUGCAGCAAAUUCCACCACAACUAAAUAUGAUUGGACCCACUGUACCGAAUUGGUCCAAUCAACAAUGGGGAAAUCAACAAUAUAAUUCCAGAAUGGAAGCACCGGCGUAUGGUCUCGGGAUGUCGACAAUGCCUCCAAUGCUCUCAACGCCGGAUAUUGGACCACCCCAAAUGAUCUCGUCAAAUUUUGCACAAUCACAGCUGAAUAUGCCAAAUAACGUUACACCAAAUUUUUCGCAACCUCCACCAAAUUUUCUUAAUAAUGAUCGAAUGCAAUUACAAAAUGUAAAAGCACCAGGUCUAACAAACAUAAAUGAUUGUCCUCCAUUUGGUUCAGCUGAUUCUUCAAGUAUGGAUAAGCGUUUUAUGCAUCCAAAUGAUCGAGCAUCUCACAAUUUUGACGGACAAUCCAAUUUCAAAAGAGGUGAUCAGGAACGUUUUGGACGAGAUAAUACUAAUUCAAAUUUGCACGAACAAGAAUUUAGAUCUUCUACUGAUAAUUUUGACAAAGUCGAAGCACAACGUUUUAGAAGAGGCGAUAGAAAUUAUAAUGACUUUGGGAAUAAUCAAUUAAACUCACAGAAUAAUUUUAAUCUAAGUAAUGAUCGGUUUGGGCCGGCAAAAGAUCGUUUUGGGCCAGGGAAUGAUCAUUUCAACAGCGAAAAUAAUAGGUUUGGAUCGAUGGGAAGUGAUAGGCUUACAUCGGGAGGUGAUCAAUUCGGAUCAAACAAGGAUCGUCCUGGCUCAGGAUCUGAUCGAUUUAGCAAUGAAUGGUUUAAAUCGGAGGGUGAUCGAUUUAGACCUGGAAAUGAUCGGAUCGAAAUGGAUAAAGAUCGCGGAUCUGGAAAUGAUCGAUUUCCAGAUAAUGAGCGAUUUGGAUCGGAUCGGUUUGUAUCAGGUGGAGAACAGUUUGCUUCUGGAACUAAUCGUUUUGACUCUAAAGAUCGUUUCUUUUCUGGUAAUGAUCGAUUUGGGUCUAAUAACGAGUCUUUCCGACCGAACGAUAGAUUUGGUAGAGGUAAUUUUGAUUCAAAAGAUUCAGCUGAUAAUAGACGAGACAGUUUUGGUACUAACCGGGGUGGUUUCACUAGAAAUUCAUCAUUUGGUUCGUCGAAUGAAUUAUCGCCAGAAUUGAAGAAACUCAUGGAAAAGCGAAGAGCAGCAGGGGAUGUGUUCAGACCCAGUUUUGUUGACUCCGACAAGUUUACUGGUAUUGGUUCUCUUAGUGAAAGCUUUAAAAAAAUUACCAGUCACUCGCCUUUUAAAAGUUCCUUCGAUUUUCAAAAAAAUCCACCAAAUCGUAGUGAAGCAACGAGUAGUGGAUCAUCAAGUUUUCAAUUAUCUUCUGAUUCGGGUCAAAUUUCUACUUCAUCAUAUGGGUCACGAGGUCACUUUUUCAGCGAACCUCCUCCUCCUUUCAAAGGACGUCUGGAUAACUUUGUUAAGCAUAAUCCUAUGGAUUACAAUGAACGAGGAAAGAAUAUAGAAAUCAGACCGCAUCCCAAUCAAUUCCAACUAACAAAUAUUCAGCCACAAGAUGUUGUUAAACGCUCUGAAAAUAUCGAAAUUAUUGAUAUCGAUGCUGAUUCGUCGCUGCAAACUGAUAAUGUUGCAGAUGUAAAAAAUACGGAAGCAAUGCAAGUGGAUGAGAUUAAUAGUUCUAUUGAGCAAAGCAACAUUGUUUCUUCUAAUGACUUAAAGGAUAAUAAUGGAGAAGAAAAUAAAGUUAUUAAUGAUGAUAAUUCUCUGCAACAGGUUGACAAGAAACAUGAUGAUAAAAUCCAAAGCAACACCGAAAGUACGAAUGAAUCUAAUAACGGUAUUAAGAAACCUGAAAGUUUGCCCUUCAUGGGUGAAAAUGACGUACCACCAGUAGAUUUGAACAUUGAACCACCACCGGAAUUGCCUAAUUUGUGUCCCAUUUCUACGGACUCCAAUCAAAAUAUGCCACCGAAUUUAAACAAAGAUUUUGAUAGAAAGGGACCAGCUGAUAACCAAUUCGAUAUGCGUUUUAAUAAUAAUAACAACUUUGAUUCCAAAAGGAUGGAAUUUAAAUCUGGUGUACCAUUUGAACCUCGAGGACCGCCAAUGUUUAGUCCUAGAGGUCCUCGUGCAUUUUUAACUGAUUCUUCGCGAGGUUCAUUCUUAUCACAAGGUUCUAUGGAUGUACAAUUGGGUCCACGAGGACCCAAAGAUGGCCAAUUUGGGCUUAAUAUAUCAAGUAAAAAUCGUUUCAGUCCUAAAAGAUCUAAUGAUGAGCAAUGUAAUGAUCAAGAUUAUAAUGAUGAAUUAUCUGAACAUUCAAAUAAUGAGAAAUUCAAUCCACGUGGUCCUGUAGAUGAGUCAUUUGGUCAAUUUGGACCUCGACCGCUCAUGAAUACAAAGUUCGGUCUGAGAGGAUCCAUCGAUCGUCCAAUUGGACCAAGGGGACCAAUUGAUUUACCGUUUUCUCCGCGAAAUCCUGGUCCAUUUGGACCUAGAGGCAACAAUAUGCAAUUUGGUCCUAGAGGAGUUAAUGAUCGUUUAGAUUCUCGAACAAUGUCCGAAAGACCAUUUGGAUUGCGAGGGCCCAAUGAUGGAUCAUUUGGUCCUAGAGGUCCAUUUAAUACAUUUUUUAGUACUAGAUGUCCUUUCGACUCACAGUUCGGUUCUAUGGGAUCCAAUAAGUUUGGUAAAUCAAAUGAGGCACCAUGUGAUAAGAGAUCUUUCGAUAAUAGUGGAUCUUUUAGCUCUUCUAAUGAAAAAGUUGAUUUUCAAAAAUCCAACGAAGAUCUGACUAGUCCGCGUGGUUCUAAGGAAUCUGUUCUACUUGGUUCUUGUGAUUCAAAUGAUACUUUGCUUCAACGUAACUCGAAGAAUUUUAAUGAGAACCGAUUUGAAUCUCGAGAUUCUAAUGGUGGACCCUUUGGAUCAUCGGACUUCAAAGGCCCGAUGAAUGAUUCAACUAAUGCAAACUUUCCACCUCCGAGCGAUUCUUCGCUUAAUCGCGACGAUAAUUUGCGUAGAAAUUCUUGCAUUAGAAAAGAACAGUUUGAAGAUAAUAUUUUUGCUAAAAAGGCCAAGUAUGAAAGCCCAAAAUCGACUGACGAAUUUAAUAGAAAUUGUCCUGAUAAAAAUAUUGAAAUGCAGAAAGAAAACACCAAUGAAUAUAUUGGACCUGAUUUUAAUAAAAAAGAGACUGUACCUUGUUCAGGAUAUGGAUUUAAUGAUAAUUGGAAGGAUAAGUUUGGUAACGUUCACAGAUCCGAUGCAGAGCAAUAUAACAUUGAUAAAAACAUUUCAAGUACAUUUGACGAGAAGUUAGAAAAAAGUAUAAUGGAACCAAAGGUGGGUAAUUUUAAGUCUCAAUAUGGUGAAUCUACGACUGAAUCUGACUUUGAAUCGAAAUAUUCUAAUUUAUUGAUGAAACGACCGAGGAGUGAUGAAGAAUUUUGCGUGCAGAAGUUUAAUUAUAAUCACGGUGAAGGUGAUAAAAGAAUUGUUGAAUCGAUUCACUUUACUCCGACAAAGAUAAUUGAUUACGGGCACGUGUCUCGUGCUUUGAUUAUGGAGCAGCAACUAUCGUCAGUCCAGUGCUUUGAUUACGGUCACGGAAAUUUAAAACCCGAUUUGCAGCAGCAUCAUUAUCCGAAGAAAGAUUUUAGGAAUUGGGUGGAAAACGAGCAGAAUCUGAAGGAAUACACUGAAAAAAUGAGCAAUUACGAAAGUACGAAGGGAAAAUAUGCUGAAAAAAUAAGGAACUAUAAAAACAAUGCAAUAAAUUUCGAUGCACGCAAAUCAGUGGAUUAUAAUAAUCGAAAGGAACGUGAUUGGCAAUCGAAUAAAAAAACUGAUGGAGAGAAGAAAGAAAAUGAUGAUCGUAAGGAGAGGGGACAUUAUCCCGAAUCAGAAUCCCGAAGUUUUGAACGAAAUAUUGAUGACCAGAGCGAUCGACAUCAAAGUGAUAAAAAUAUUCACAAAGAUACAGAGCGGGUUCAAGAGAUACAUGAUAAUCCCCGAAAGGAGAUGACUAAAGAUAAUGACAAAGAUGAUGAUAGAUUGAAAGGAAAUGUUAACUGGCAGGAGAGUGCAAACAAAAACAUCGUAGAUACAAAACUUCAAGAGAUCAGCCUUUCUCCAGAUACAAAGAAAAAUGUUGCGGAAUCCACUACGAAAACCCUGGAAUUGGCAAAAAUACCGAAUUUUACGAUGGUCGAUGAUCUAUUGUGUCCACCAGGUCGCCAGAACAGACCACCAAAAAUAGCUAUCAUCCUCAGAGGACCACCCGGUAGCGGCAAGUCUUUUGUGGCUAAACUUAUUAAGGAUAAAGAAGUCGAGCAGGGUGGUUCUGCGCCGAGAAUAUUAAGUUUAGAUGAUUAUUUUCUUGUCGAAAAGGAAAUAGAGACUAAGGAUGAUAAUGGAAAGAAAAUCAUAGUUAAGGAAAUGGUAUAUGAAUACGAAGAGGCUAUGGAACAGAGUUAUAUAACUUCUCUUGUUAAAGCUUUUAAGAAAAAUAUAACAGAUGGAUUCUUCAAUUUUAUCAUAUUAGACUGCAUUAACGAGAAAAUUUCGGAUUACGAAGAGAUGUGGAGUUUCGGCAAGACAAAAGGUUUUAAAGUGUACGUAUGCGAGAUGGAGAUGGAUCUACAGAUAUGUUUGAAGAGAAACAUUCACAACCGUACCGAGGAUGAAAUUAAUCGGAUUAUAGAUUACUUUGAACCAACACCCAGUUAUCAUCAGAAGCUAGAUGUAAAUUCGAUGUUGCAAGAGCAAGCAAUAGAAGAGGUGGACAUGGAAGAUAGUCAAGAGACGCAAGAAAAAUCUGCUACUCAAACUGAAGAUAGUCAAGAUAGCCAGGAAGAUACUCAGGAUGUAAUUGGUGUUAGUAAGUGGGAGAGAAUGGAAGCUGAAGAUAAACUGGAUCGACUGGACGGUUUGGCAAAGAAGAAAAACGAAACAAAACCGCAAACUAUGGAAGAUUUCUUACAAGUUCCCGAUUAUUACAAUAUGGAAGAUACUUCUGGUAAAAAACGAGUACGUUGGGCGGAUCUAGAAGAGCGUAAAGAGCAGGAAAAAAUGCGUGCUGUUGGAUUCGUUGUUGGACAUACUAAUUGGGAUCGAAUGAUGGACCCUACGAAGGGUGGGAGCGCCUUAACACGCACAAAGUUCUUCACGCUAUCAUAGAACGAUCAACAGUUAACGUGAGCAUUAAAAAUGAAGUGCAGCAUUCAAGUAUUUGGUAUACCUCAUUAUUUUAUGUUUCCAGCA